UAGUGGGUCAUUCCGCUGAGAGGAGAGAGAGGUUCCUGUAGCCAAAGCUACAGCUUCUUUGGAUUUUCCGUGACGCGUUGGUGUUUGUGUGAUCACUGGGGCGAAGGAGAACUGAGGUGUCCACACAAAAGGGAUAGCUGUCCGAAGGUACUCUUUAUGAAAAGAAGCACCAUGGAUGAAGAGGAGCAGUUUGUGAACAUUGAUCUGAAUGAUGAUAAUAUCUGCAGUGUCUGUAAGCUAGAGACGGAAACAGGGACCUUAUCUUUCUGUCAUAUCUGCUUUGAACUCAGCAUUGAAGCUAAUCCACUGCACACACUAAGCAGCUUUCACAGAGAGAUCGCGAUUGCUGUGGCAAGUUCAAUAGGUGUUUCCUCUGCUACCUUGUUACACUCAAAGUCCCUGCGUGGCCAUAGAGACUGCUUUGAGAAAUGCCACCUCAUCGCCAACCAGAAGCUGUCACGUUCCAAGGUCUCCCGAAGUGCCUACGAGGGCAUGAAGCUGGCCCUCAGCCAGAAACUGAACCGCAUCAUCCAGUAUGCCCAGAACAAAGACUCUGUCUCCUCUAAUGGCCACAGCAGACGGGGCGCCAAGCUUCUUUGUUACAGCCAGCAGAGUGACUGCAAGCUGCUGCCCCAGGCAGAUGCCCAGGUGCCCCGAUACACGCCCCACUGGGACAUGGGCAAAGCAACAGGGCUGCCUGAUUACACCAUGGGGAUGUUGGAGUGCCACACAGCGGAGGGGCUGGGGCUGCUGCACACAACGUCACAAUCUGACGUUUGGUCCAGUGACGGCAGGAAAGGCCUACACAGCCAGAACCACUCGUCAGGAGGAGGACAGACACAGCACAGACACCAGGGCCACAACAGAGAUGAAUUGACUAAAAUGAGUGUGGACGAACUCCAUCAGCUGAAUGCCCAGCUAUUGAUGCAGAUUCAAAAGGUCUUCGAGGAGCUGACUGUGGCUGUGCAGGAAAAAGACUCGUUGGCGUCAGAGCUGCACGUGCGUCACAUCGCCAUCGAGCAGCUCUUUAAGAACUGUGCCAAGCUCCCCUGGCUGCACAUUAGCAGGGCCGGGGUCAAGGCCAGCAGCAGCAGCAGCGGUGGCCCUGUGGAGUGAGGUGGCUUCUGCCUCCGCUGCUGGGAGGAAGCUGACAAACACUUCAACAUGCUGGCUGCAGCGAGGCUGAAAAGCCUUUAUGUAUACUGAGUGACUUUUACGACACUAUCGUGACGUUGAGUUGUUAAAUUUGCAUUAGAGCAACAUUAAGGGCUGGGUUGACAUGGCCUCUGUUCUCGUGGUUGCAGUGAUGAUGCAAGGAUUAACGGUGGUUUGCAGUUUAAAACAUUGCUGGUCUGGCAUGUGACAUGAAUUCCACCCAACUCGUGUACCCAGGAUGCAUGUUAAUACCAUACGGAAUGGAGUUUCCAGGCCCCGGUACACGAUGAGGACAUGUUCUGAAUGGACAUGAUCCUUAAAGAAUAUCUUUUAAGAUUUACCUUAGUACAGACUGAAAAACAGUGUGUCUGCGUAAUUUUACAUAAAUGAUUGCUGUUGGAUAUAUUUUCGUUUAAGUUUGCUGUCAAACAUUUCAGUUUUCAUUGUUUUCAUAUUCUGUAGAUACAUUUUCAAGUUUGUUUUUUUUCCUUCUCAUUAUGUCAGACGUGGAUAUUCAAAUAUGGGUGCACUGCUUAAUACUCCUCCAUAUGUUAUCUGAUGGCUCUCUGUAGCAAGUGGUGGGUUACAGUAUUUUAUAGCAUGGCUUGGGUGAAUACUUGACGCAGAUGAGCUGGACAAUGUCUAUCAUAUUCAUAUCAUCAGGCACUGCCAGCAGUAGUGUUUGAUUACUGUUGUAAUGUAAAGCAUUAACAGGGUGGAAGCUUUUUCCUGCAGCUGCACACGGGCAAUGUAAUGGCUUGAAACAUAGCAAUUUUGUAGACCAGAUAGAUUCAGCAGUAGUGGACUACAUCUGCUGGGGGAAUUGCAAGUAAUUAUACAUUCCAACAAAGAUUUGCUAAAUUUCUUUUAAAUAACAGAAAUAAUACAGAUUUGAAAAAUGAUGACACAAAAAAAUUGUAACAUAAUAGAAAUAAGAUCAAGUCUUAUCUGGAAAAUGGCAUGGGCAAGUGCAAGACAACACCCAAAAGUACCCUAAGGCAUCAUUGCAACAAAGACAAAUCAGAGUGUGAAAGUUAACACGGCUAUACUAGCUGUGCAGGUUUAUGUUUGUGGGGGUGAGGACUAUUGUAGGAGUGUCUAACUUUGUGACAGCUGGUUGGUGAGCAGCAAGUAGAAAUAUCAGUUAAUGAAUAUCAGUUAAUAUUCCCUCUUAAAGUUAGUAUACCUGCUUAAAGUGAUAGGUAUUUUGUUUUUUAUUCAACUUUUGGGUUUAUAGUAACUAUUAUUGCUGGUGAGAUUUACUUGAUAUUUAGUACAGAGCUGUUUGUGGUCUGUUGUAUAGCUGUCAAGCACAAGUCGUAUGUAUGGCUAUACACUGAAUGAGCGCAAUCGGAAGAGAAAAUGUUAAACUAUUGAAAAAGAAAUCCAGCUGCCAAACCAAAGUCUGUAUAUAUUCUCACAUGUGAACUGCAAGCAUUUGACUUAGAUUCCAUUAACAGGAAGAUGCAAUACCAAACUGAUUUAAAAUGUAUGUGGCUUAGUGAUUUACUUCUAUGUUUGGUUAAGUGUGUGUAAUAAUGAACCAUAGAUUUUUACUCUAAAGGUUGAUGUGGAAAUGAUUAGUUCUCAAGUACACACGGCAUAUGUUUUAGGAUUUAUUUUUCAUCGUUCUUUCAUGUGCAGUGUUAAUUUGCGUUGCCCUCUCUCCUGUGUUGAUGUGUGUGCUAAGCUGAUGUCACAGCAAUACAUACAGGAGAGUUUAGUCUACUGUGCCUCUGGAGGUCCCUGAUUUUUGAACAAAAGGAGACAAACAAGGCCAUAGGGGAUGGUAACAGUCAGUGUUUUGGUUAGUUUAUUAUUCAGGAACCCUAUGCAAGAAAGAGACAAAUAAAUCAGAAGCCUUAUUAUGUAUCUCAAAGAAUAUUUGUUAUCUGAGUUUUCCUCAGAGGAGGUCACAGCUACUCGAGUAUAAAAAGCUGCGGAAAGCCAAGGUUAUAAUCAGAUUGAUGUUUAGAGAAACUCAGCAUUGUCAGUGUAUCUCUUUUGCUCUCUUUGUAAGAGAUGAAAUGUAUUUGACCCCUUUCAGGGUCUAAAGUUAAAGGUUUUAGCUCCAUUAUAAACUUUUAUCUUGGUUUUAUUUGGAUAACUGUGUUCAGUGUGCUUAAGUGUUUGAGAGGAUUCAGAUUACUGGUCCUUAAUGCAAAUUUUCAGUCAUUCAAUCAUCAGUUGUAUGUUUUUUAUUUGUGUUUUAAUUAUGAAUGCUGUGUAUUUUUGUAUACUGUGGAAACAUGCCUGGGCCGAUGCCUCUGCUCAGCAGAAGAUUCAGGCUGCCUGGUUUUGGUUGUCUGUUUUGGUGGUCUCAUUAUCAUUUACUGGAGAUGUAAGCAUACCUGUUACACUUCCACCUCCUUCCUUUAGACUUGACUCUUCGUUCAUCUGUUUUCUAAUGUUGAACAAGGCUGCAUUUGUGUUGUGUGAUGUUUUACAUUCUAUUUAUUGUGUGUGUUCAUGGAACCUUACACAGGCUGUGUGAUUUGUGCUCAGUGACAGUUUGUAUUUUUUUGUAAAAUAUUCAAUAAAAUGAAAUUAUUUUUUACUACA